GUGGUACUGUAUGUCAAAGCCGGAAUGGAUGGGGAGUGUUAUGGAGCUUGUCCUUUCUGUCAACGAUUUUACAUGGUGUUAGAUCUGAAAGCUAAGGGCGAAUCUCUUACGUAUAAUAUCAAUACAGUAAAUAUGGCCCGACCUGCUCCUGAAUUUAAACAAUACGCCAAUAGAUUACCUGUGUUUAAACAUGGAGAUGAAAUCUUGAUUGAUUCUGACGAAACUGUGCAGUAUAUUGAUGAGAAUUUUCUCAAACCCGAUUUACGUUAUGAUAACAUCGAAGCUCAUUCUCAAUGUCUGGACAUUUUCUCUAAGUUUUCAUUUUUUAUCAAAAAUGUGAGUAGUACAGCAGACGGACUUCUAAACGAAAUUAAAAUAAUCAAUGAUUUUCUCGCGAAAUCACAAACAAAGUAUCUAGCUGGAGAUAACAUAUCUCAUCUCGACUGCCUCAUGAUGCCUAAAUUACAACAUAUAAGAAUUGCUGCCGAAGCCUUCAAAGAUUUCCAUAUUCCCAGGAAAUUUACACAUUUUUGGCGGUACAUGGAAACAGCAUAUAGUAAUGACACUUUCCGGAAAACAUGUCCGUCUGAUCAAGAAAUA